GAUAGUUAAUAUGAUCAGAGAAGAGUACAAAUCAUCCGUUCAGUUGUCGUUCAUUCCUAGUUAUAAAUUUCAUCCUAUUGUACAAGUUUACUUAUGAUUCCUUACCUCAUUUUAGCUUACAUUUACGAUUUUGACUUUGAAGAUUUUCUUGAUCUCUUUGAUUGAAAUCCUUCGGUGUUGAAAUAAAUUGAAAAUUUGAAAAUGGCUUCUAAGGAAAAGGUUGCAAUUAUCGGAAGUGGUCUGAUUGGACAAAGCUGGGCAAUGAUUUUUGUCUCUGCUGGCUAUCGUGUUCAAAUGUAUGAUAAUCAACCGGAGAAAGUCAUUACUGCCAUCAAAUCAAUCGUUGAUCAACUAAAUAACUUGGAAUCAAAGAAACUUCUUCGUGGUAAUUUAUCAGCAUCAGAACAAGCUGCAUUGAUCAGUGGAGCAACAACAAUGUCUGAGGUCUUGCAAGAUGUUUUUUGGGUUCAAGAAUGUGUUUUUGAAGAUGUUGCUCUGAAACAGAAAGUGUUCAAACAUAUCGAUAGCAUGCUCAAAUGUGACCCCAUCCUGUGCAGCUCAACCAGUUUCAUACCUCCAUCUCAAUUUAUGGGACAUACUAGACAUCGAUCAUCUGCUCUCGUUAAUCACCCUGUCAAUCCACCUUAUUUUGCUCCAUUGACUGAAUUGGUUCCCUCACCAUGGACUAAACCCGAAAUAGUCAGUAGAGCAAAGGCUAUUUUAACUGAAGUUGGUCAAAAGCCGAUUGUGGUUAAGAAAGAGGUUCCUGGCUUUAUUAUUAAUCGUAUUCAAGAUGCCAUUUUUGCUGAGGCUUAUCGAUUAAUCGAAGAUGAUGUGGUUAGUGUCGAAGAUUUAGAUGCUGUUAUGUCUGAAGGACUCGGAAUGAGAUAUGCUUUCACAGGUCCAUGGGAAACUGCUCAUUUGAAUGCCAAUGGAAUGACUGAGUAUUUUGAAAAGUACGCUCAAGGAAUUUUUGAUGUUCAAUCUACAUUCAAGCCAGUCAAGAAGAUGGAAGGACCAACAGCUGAAAAAAUCAUCGAGGCGAUGAAUAAGAAAGUGCCUUUGGAAACCUUGAAUGAAAGACGAAAAUGGCGUGAUGAAA